UGUGCACUAAUGCUGCUCACAGAUUGCAGAUCGCAGGUCAACUGUAUGGCGUCAGACGACUAAGACUCAUUCACAUGCAUGCAAAAUAUUACUUUAAUGCCGUAAAUAAUCGCUUAUUUUCCUUUAUACAGACUUUUUUAUCAAUCUUACAACGCCUUUGGAAGGAAUGGCUAACAGUCGAACCUUUUCUGACGUGAGGAACGUGAUCCUGUCGGCCCAUAAAAACACAGAUACCCAGGAUAAGGUCGGCUUCUACGAUACCUGGGCUGAGAACUAUGACCAGGAUGUGGCGAUGCUGGAUUAUCGUGCUCCUCUUUUAGCAGCCAGGUGUGUCAGCUCAUUUUACAAAGGUGACAGAGAGAAGAUAACUGUCUUGGAUGUAGCCUGUGGUACAGGCCUGGUCUCUGCACAUUUGAAGAAAAUGGGGUUUCAACACUUUGUUGGAGUGGAUGGAAGUUUAGGGAUGCUAGAGCUGGCUAAGAAAACGGGACUCUAUGAGCAGUUUAAACAAUGUCUGCUUGGGCAGGAUUCCCUCCCUGUUGAAGCUGCGUAUGAGAUUGUUAUCAUUGUUGGAGCUCUGAGCGUUGGCCAAGUGCCAUUGACAGUCAUCAGAGAGAUGUGGGAAGCUACAAAACCAGGUGGCUACGUGUGCAUGACCACCAGAGGAAAUGCAGAUAACCUGGAGUACAAGGUUGAGCUGGAGAAAAUGAUUAAAACACUUGAAGAGGAGGACAAAUGGAGACGUGUGACUGUUGUUGAGGUGGAGGAGUGGGAGAGGGCAGUUUCACAGCAGGACGAUGGGUACAUUCCAGGCACCAUUUAUCUGUAUCAGAAAACUGUUUUAAAUGCACUCCAUGAGUACAUAUGACCCAGUAUGGCUAACCUUCUGGUGUCACAGUCUGAGCUGUGUGUCAAAGAGUCAACCAGCAGGUGGUGGUAUUAUUGCAGAAAUUGUAAACACUUGUUGAGAAAUUACUCCCCCAAAGAAGCCCCCCAGGAUUUUUUGUUUGUCAAGUCAAAACAUAAUCUGAUGCAGUUAUUUGAAAAACCACAAGGGGGGUGUAAAAACGUUGAAAGGACUUGGAGAGAAGAAUUCUGUGUUGGAACUCUCCCGGUUACAUCUAACCUUUCUCUUGGCCACUCCUCGAUACUCCAGCCUGAAAAACUUCAGAAGCUUUCUCUUCCACGGGUGUCAUGUGACAUAAAUCAAACACAUUGUUUGGUUUGGAUAUUUUUCUGAAGCAUUUCAAAGAAAUUAUUUUCAAAGAGAACUUCUAUUUAAGAGUUUCUGUUUUUGUUGUUCCAAAAUCCAAGGUCAUGAUUUUUGCCGAAAGAUUUAAUUAUGUAUGUGACUACAUCCAUAGUCUUUUUAACAUACCGUAAAGAGAUCAAUGUAAAUGUGUCUGUGGGCUCUCCUAUUUUGGCCAAGUGGUUGAUAUCCUUAGGAAAAAAUCAUUUUGACCCUGGGACAACAUUUAAAUCAACCAAUCAGAUUUUAGAAAUAAGUUUACAGUUUAUUUAAAAUUUAAUCUUCUAACCAAGAUUAGGAGCUUCUAGACAAUUGUUUUUCACCUAUCAUUUCCCUCUGAUUUUAGGGCUAAUUUAUGGUUAAGGUUUGGAUUUGGUGUGGGUUUACGUUUUGUUCAUAAAAAUGUUGUCCUUAGGCCAACAAAAUAUGUUGUCAUGAUGACAUCAACCACUUGGCAAAAUCAGGUUGAGCGUUUCUGUGUUAAUAAAAAAAUUACAAACA